GAUCUAUUUUUUUAUGGUGACAAUAAUUAUAUAGAUAAUGGCUGCUCUCCAUGCUGGCUACCACCAUGAAGUGCUGAGACAAUGGCAAUCCAGCUCCAGUUCCACAUUAUCAACCAACUGUCUUGUGUAUCCAGUGUUUGUGAGUGAUGACCCAGAGGCUGAGGAAGAAAUAGGAAGCCUUCCGGAGCAGAAGAGGUAUGGUGUAAAUAAGCUUGAAGGUGCUCUAAGGCCGCUAGUAGAGAACGGUCUACGUGCUGUGCUCAUCUUUGGUGUCCCCUCUUCAGCCGGUAAGGACUCAACUGGCAGUCCGGCUGAUGCCCCUGACAAUCCUGCAGUCUUAGCUAUCUGCAAGCUCCGCUCCACUUUUCCCACUCUCUUGGUGAUGUGUGAUGUUUGUCUCUGUCCGUAUACAGACCACGGCCACUGUGGCAUUUUGUAUGAGGAUGGGACUAUCAAUAAUGAGGCGAGUAUCAAGAGACUGGCGCAAGUGGCAGUGGCCUAUGCUAAAGUUGGUUGUCAAGUGAUUGCUCCGUCUGACAUGAUGGACAACAGAGUAGCUGCCAUUAAACAGGCUCUCAAGGAAGAGGGAUUGGGUGGAAAGGUGGCCGUAUUGAGCUACAGUGCGAAAUUUGCUUCAAACUUCUAUGGACCGUUCAGAGAUGCUGCUAAGUCUGCUCCAGCCUUUGGUGAUCGUCGCUGCUACCAGCUACCUUCUGGGUCAAGAGGACUGGCCAUAAGAUCAGUAGACAGGGAUGUUGAGGAGGGAGCAGACAUGUUAAUGGUGAAGCCCGGUAUGGCCUACUUGGACAUAGUUAGGGACGUCAAGAAAAGACACCCUAAUCAUCCUCUGGCUAUCUAUCAGGUAUCUGGAGAAUAUGCGAUGCUAUGGCAUGGCAGUUCAGCGGGGGCAUUUGAUCUCAAGGCCAUCGUUAUGGAGAGUCUCACUGCUAUGAGGAGGGCAGGUGCUGAUAUCAUAAUCACAUACUACGCACCAAUGCUGCUACACUGGCUUAAAGAAUAGAUGGAAAUUUGACUAUUGUGAUUUUCUGCCCCUAUAGAAAUCAUGCUGUUUGUAUAUAAUUAUAGAAAUAAUGUGCUCCUGACCAUAAUCUACCAUGUUCCUUUCCAGGCCGAUUUGUUAUAAUAUUAAAAUUAAGGUGACAUAAUUAUUUUUGCAGAUGUUAAA